AUGUGGGCGCGCGCGGUGCUGGCGGGAGCGGCGCUGCUGGCCGCGUGCGCGCGCGCCUGGCCCGUGGGAGCGCUGUGCGCUAAACGGGAGGCGGCGGGAGGCGCGCGCUACGCGGCCUUCCUGAGCGCGGGAACGGGGCAGCCCGCGCUGUUGGAGGGCGCGUGGGGCGCGCGCGGGAAGCUGCGGGGCUGCUGGGUGCGGAGGGAACCACGCGCCAUCCGCGCUUUCCUCGCCUCCUGCGCGCGCCGCCCGCCCGCCGCUCCCGCGCCCGCGCUGCGCCGGGACGUGGCCGCGCUGUGGCGGCGCAGGGCGGCGUGCGCAGAGCCCGCAACGCACCGCGGGACACGGAGGAUGCGGAGGGGUUGGACGGUGCCGGGGACGUUGUGGUGCGGGGCCGGGGAUUCGGCCGGGAACUCCUCCGAGCUGGGUCUGUUCCGCGGCCCCGACCGCUGCUGCCGGGAGCACGAUCGGUGCGGGGCGCAGAUCGCCGCGCUGCAGUUCAACUUCGGCAUCCGCAACUACCGCCCGCACACCGUCAGCCACUGCGACUGCGACGCCGCGUUCCGCCGCUGCCUGCGGGCCCUGAACGACACCAUCUCCGACCUCAUCGGAGUCACCUUCUUCGACCUCCUGGAGGUGCCGUGCUUCGUGCUGCGGCGCGCCGAGCAGUGCGUGCGCUGGCACUGGUGGGGCGGGUGCGAGCGGUACGAGGUGGUGCCGGUGGCCACGAUGGUGCGGCAGAGUCCCUACGGCACCGCGGCACCUGCGGCCGUCGGGAGCAACACGUGCGCCGCGGAGCCCGGAGCCGUGGGAGCGGCGGAGCGGUGUGAGGCCGCCCCGGGGAGCGCCGCGGGAGGACGGAGCGGGCUGGGGAGGCUGUGCAGAGCUUAUCGGCACCUGGAUCGCUGCGAGCACCGCAUCGCGCCCCGCGAGGCGAAGUACGGACUGCGGAACGGCGGUGCGCGGACGCUGUUCCACUGUAACUGCACCCGCAGGAUGGUGCGGUCCCUGCGCAGGACGAAGGGCCCCGGAGGCGCCGAGCCGCCCCUCCUGGCCGAAAGCAUCGCCGUGCGCUGCUUCGUGUUGGAACCGCAGCCCGAGUGCGGAGCGGAGCGACCGAGCGGCAGCUGUGUCACCGCAGCCCGGGCCGUGCUGCUGCCCGCACGGCACCUGAGGACCGCGCUGCGGCGCGGCGGUGCUGAGCGAAGGGAGAGGAACGCGCAGGAGAGCGGCGGUGAUGCCUUGUACGAACGGUGCCGGCGGGUGGCCCUGGAACAGGGGAUGGGAGCCCCGCAACAACCCGAGCCCCGCUGAGCCCAGCGGGUGGGCUGCACCGUGCGUGGGGAGGAGCUGCGCUGCGGGGCGGAGCUGCUCAAUGUCGGGUCCUUGAGAGAAAGGAUGGCACCGAGAGUGGCUGCUGGCGUGACUGCGUGGGGCAGGAGAGGGGUGGAGGAGGCUCAGCUGCCACCCCCAGGAGCUGCGGCCGCCAUCAAAGCAAAGGGAAAGGAGCGGGGACGGGGAAAAGCGACCGCCCCCCGUCCCCAUGAGGAUGCUGCGGCCGUGGGAGCCCCGGGCAGGACGGUGCCAGGACCCCAACCCCAGGUUCCGGCCCUGCAGCAGGGGGUGGUGGUGGAGGGAGCCAGGUCCCCCCGAGCUCUAGAGGUGGGAAGCACAGUGCUGUGCCUUGGGAGGGUCAGUGCCUGCAUGUGGCACAAGGCAAAUAAAGGGCAGCGUGACACGGUG